GGGAAGCGGCUAAUCAGGAAGUAAACACGGCAGAGAGAUUCGAUGGAGCAAGCAGUGACAGAGAGAACAAUGAGACUCUCGCGAGCUGAAUAUAAAGAAAUAGUCAGAUGGACAGAACAGCUAAAACCAACCCGGCAGUGCAUGAAGAUGUUGAAGGAGAGAUUCCCAAAUCACUCGCAGUCCACUCUUCUGAGCAUCUUCUCCCUGGAGUACCAGAAACGGACCAAAAGAUCCAUCUCCAGACAUCACACCCAGGAUGUUGUUGAGAGCCACUACCAGAGGUAUCUGAGUGCAGCGGCGGCACAUCCCCAUGCUCCUGUCCUGCUGGAUCUGGCCAAUGAGGUGGACCUGUCUCCUGCCCUGAUGGCUCGGAUCAUCUUGGACAGAUUCCUGCAGGACAUAGACGGCGAAACACCGUCCAAGACAACCGUCAACGGCAUGCUGAAGGAGCCAUCGCUGAUUCCGGACCUGACCUUGUCUCGUAACAUCUCUCAGUGCACAAUAAACGACUGCUGUUAUGGACCGCUGGUCGACUGCAUCAAACAUGCCAUUGGUCAGGAGCAUGAGGUUCUACUGCGAGACAAGCUCAAGGAGCGGAAUCUUUCCUUUUUAGAUGAGAACCAGUUGAGAACGAUGGGCUACGACAAAACCCCUGACAUCAUCCUCGAGAUCCCUAUCGCCGUCGACGGCCACAUUGUCCACUGGAUCGAGAGCAAAGCGUCGUUUGGAGACGACUACAGUCACCGCACGUAUCUCAAUGAACAGUUCUGGAGCUACUGCAACAGGUUUGGGCCUGGUCUGGUCAUCUACUGGCACGGCUUCAUCGGGGAACUAGACUGCCAGAGGGACCGAGGCGUCUUGCUCAAAGACAGUUUCCCUGCUGAGAUCGUCACCCUGAGCCACUCGUGCGAACAAAACUCAACACAGAACUAACAAGGGCUCAAAAACAAGUGGAAGGAAAGAGGAGAGGAGUCAGGAAGGGUAAGAACAGCCACACCGGGGCAGGGACAUGGAGCCGGAAGCAAUUUGUCCUUCCUGUCCGCGAGCUAGACUCGAAGCUCACCUUGAACUGACCCCCAGUCCUUCUUCGCCGUGAACUUUUGGGGCUUCCCGAAGUUGGUACCUGUGUGUGAGACCCAACCCCCUCCCCAUUCCCCACCCUCACCUCUGGAUGGUCUGAGAGUCCAGGACCUUCUUAUCGCCCGGGAGUCCUGGUCUGUCUCAGACCUUCCUGUUCUGGACGUGAUAAGACAGCGGUGGAGGAGCAAUGGACACCUGUGUUGCUCUUUGCCUGAUAAAGCUGAACUCUCCGGAACCUUUGUCGCUCUAUCGGUCAGAACAUUUCGCAUUCGUGCCUCAGAGACGUGACUUCGCCACUCCUGUUCCUCGCAAUGACGUCAAUAAAAAUGAAGCCAAAAUCUGCGACUCAAAUGUGUCUGUGUGCGUGGUCCAGUCCAGAGCCCACCUGGUGCCAUCGGGACGUGCAUCUGACGGGUCUACACGGAAUGUUCCUGAGAUGACUUCCAUCCAGUCCUGCUGACCCUCCGGCUCAAGGCGAAGUCAAAGUUAAAAAUAAUGGCGUCUAUAUUUGUUCCUCCUCGCGUGUGCCUGGGUUAAAUUCCUCUGAAGUGUCGCCUGAUUUGUUACCCUGAAGCCCCCUGCCCUCGGCCCGGCCUUGAUCACCGUGACGGGAGGCCGACGGGUCGUGGCGAGGUCGCCGGGCGGCUGCAGCUUCCUGCUCCGUCAACCGUCCAGUUGAGAACCUGCACCCGAGCUGGCAGAUCCUGUCGGGGACGAACGUGGGCGACCAGCAGAAAGAGAGAAUGAAAAACAGCAAAUUGAGUUCCUCUGGAGUUCUGAGCUUCCUGCCAUUGUUGCCAAGGCGACUCUUGCUGCCGGAGGUCGAUAAAUUAAGAUCCAAACAAUGAAAAGUGGAACCAUCAAACGCCGGGCCGCCGGUCCAAUCGCGCUGGAGCAAAUAUAGACAACCAGUAUAGACCUCCAGCGGAAUCAUCUGCUGGACCUUCGUCAGUCCAACACGUACGUAGAAGCCCUAAAAAUAGUUUGA